AUGAAACCUGCUCUCCGGCUAAUUCUUCAAUCCUCAAGUGAUUCUGACUCAGAAUAUGUGCCGCCUAAUCAACCAACAAUUCCUCCCAGUGAACCUGACAACGAAAGCUCAGAGGAUGAAGGUUCGGUUCGUGGUGAUACACCACCUCGCUCGCCUACACCUGAGGUACCUGUUCGGUCCCAAGCACCUUCUCCUCCACCUGCUUCUAUACCUGUCUCCAUCCCUCCUAUUUUUCCUAUCACUACAUCUCUACCAUCCUCUACCAUUCCCAUUUCUACACCCAUCUUUACUGAGGCUACUACUACCACCACUACUGGAGUUCGAACCAACGUAUCUGAUACAGGGGUUCCUUCUUCAGCAGCCGAACCCCCAGUCACUACCGAACCUCCAGUUACCACCACUCCACCAUCUCAUACCCAAUCCACUGAAACCAACACUAUUCUUGGAGGUGAGGCGUUGGAGUUCGAUUCCACUUAUUUCAGUCCCUACCGUGUCCAAAGUGAUGAUGAUAACGAUGCUCCAGUUACCAAGCGCCACCUCAAAUCUAUUACUGAUAAGCUUGAUCAACUACUUUCUUCCUCCUCUAAUGGUGCUUACUCCGAAGCUGCUCUCAAAGCCUUGUUCUCUUUGGUUGUUCAAGAGCAUGAUGCCUCUCUCUCUCUCUCUACCACAGCAAAGGCUAUCGAUGCCUCUACAUCUCAAUGUCAGAAGGCCUCGCUGGCUGUUGAGGCUUCCACGAAAGAAUGCAAAGAUGCGACCGCAAAAGUCGAAAAACUAAUUUAUGAGGCUCAGAUAUUCCUCGAUUCUUUGCAAGUUGCUGCUCAUAAGAACUCUCAGACAGUGAAUGCUUCGGUUGAUAAUCUCCAGCGUUGUCUUGAAACAGAAAGGACUCAUCUUGAAGUCGCUCAAAAGGCUAUUGAAGCAGCCAAUGAAAAUCUUCAUGCUAAUGUCAAUGAUCGUUUGACUCAGCUGGAAGCCGAACUGGCUGUUGAAAAUCGAAUUAUGGAUGAGCUUGACAAAUGUACUUCUCAGCUCAAAAUUCAAAAUCUUAAGCUUCGUUAUGCCACAACUGAGCUUAAUGAUUUAAAGUCUGAAAGAGAAGUAAUUAGAAGCUCCGUGGGUGACGUUCAUUCCAUUCUGUUACAUCUUCUUGACGCUCAUGACUCUAUUCUGACUAUAUCCAUCAGACGCCAUUUAGCUGAAAAACUCAGACCUGCGUUGGAUAUCCUUAGUCGGAUAGAGGGUGUUUCGGUGACUUCUGUCCAGCCGAAACAAGGGGGAGAAAAAGAAAAGGAAAAGGAAAAGGCUAAUACUCAACCUCCUCCCGAACCCAAAUCAACAGUUGCACCCAAGGAUAAUAAAACAAAACUCUCUGACAAGGCGCUUACAGAAAAGAUUGCAAAGGAAACAGCUGAGCUCGAGAAAAAGCUAAGAGAAAAAGAGCUCUUGGAGAAAAAGAAAUCCAUCUUUCCAUAA